CAACCGGAAGUGGAGCGGCGGCCGUUGCUAUGGUUGCGCGGCGGGCUUGGGGAAGAUGGCGCGGCCGGGCUGGCUGGACGGGCUGAGGGCCGCCGAGAAGACGGCCCUCCUGCAGGACGGAAGAAGGAAAGUGCAUUACUUGUUUCCCGAUGGGAAGGAAAUGGCAGAAGAAUAUGACGUGAAGACCAGUGUGCUGCUUGCGAGAAAGUGGCGCCUGAAGAACGCACUGGGAGCUGUCGGCCAGUGGCAGGUGGAGGUGGGAGAGCCUCCUGCUCCUGCUGGUGGAGUACCGGGUUCUGAGCUCAUCAAGGAAAGCAGCUCUAAUCCCAUCUUCCUGCGGAAGGACACCAAGACGAGUUUCCAGUGGCGGAUCCGUAACCUUCCCUAUCCCAAAGAGGUCUACGGUGUCGGCGUGGACCAGAAGGAGCGCUGCUGCAUCAUCCGGACCACUAACAAAAACGCCUGGUCCCCAGACAGCAGAAUGCGGGGUCUCUGUCUUUCCUGCUGCCCCUCUCCUUUGAAACAUCGUGGCUGUACUAUAAGAAGUUCACCAUUCCAGACAUGGACAGAUAUCAGCUGCCCCUGGAUGGUGCUGCUCUCAGCUUUGCCUAUGCCAACUGCACCCUGAUUAUUACCUAUCAGAAACCGAAGGAGAUCCUGGCCGCAGAAGAGGAGCUGCAGAAGGAACUGAAGAAGGUGAAAAAUGCUGGCCCAGGGGACGGGGACUGCAAGACCCAGUAGUUCACACACCUGGAGCCCUGGCCCCACCUCUGAAGAGACUGGCCGGCUGAUGGGAGAGAGCUGGCUGAGAUGCGGAUGGUCGGGUGGGUGGAAGUCUCAGUAGUAGUGGUGGUCCUCAUCACCGGGACUGGAUUAAGGUGGACUUGCCGGGGGCAGAGAACGGGCUUCCAGGGCAAGAAGCCUUCUGCCCACAGGUUGCUCCCACCUGAAGCACCGGCCAGGCCUGUCCUUGCCUCACAGGCCUGCAAAGGCAGAGAAGUUUCCUCAAUCUGGGCAAGUAUCCCCUGCCUGGCUCUUGCCAGCCUACCUUUUAUGUGUUUGCUCCAUGAGUAAAGUUGGUUUGAGUUCAAGUGAA